ACUGUCAAAAAAUGCAAAAAAUGUGAUAAUUAUCGGAAAUAAGAAUUAAUGGACAUAAUAGUAUAUUUUAAUGAAAGCAUACUGUUUUAACUUGACAUAACUUAUUAGACUCUCAAGAUGAAUUCGGUAUUGAGAAGUAGCGGCAAGCUUUUCCGUGCGUUCUCUACAUCUUCAGUGCGGCAAUGUGCGGUGCCGCCUAAGCGCAAGAAAUCGUUCUUCGUUCCGAUAACAUGGAAGUCCAUGGCAGCGACAGCGGUGAUUGGCGGUGGACUCACAGGCUUCAUGCUAUACGUGCGAAAGGAGAAGCAAGAGGCUCUGGAUAAAGAAAGAAAACGACAGUUAGGCAAAGCCAAGAUUGGAGGCAGUUUUGAGCUCGUCGACUCCGAGGGUAAACUGGUGAAGAGUUCAGACUUCCUUGGCAAAUGGCUGCUGAUAUACUUUGGCUUCACUCACUGUCCAGACAUCUGUCCUGAUGAACUGGAGAAACUGGCAGAAGUAGUUAACAAACAUGAUCAAACACCAUCAGCACCUCCACUUCAGCCCCUAUUUAUAUCUGUAGACCCUCAGAGAGAUACGCCAGAGAUUGUGGGCAAAUAUUGUAAGGAAUUCAGUCCUCGGCUCCUGGGCCUGACAGGUACUAAGGAACAAGUGCAGCAGGCUUGCAAAUCGUACCGAGUGUACUUCAGUGCAGGUCCACAGGAUGUUGAUAACGAUUAUAUUGUGGACCACACAAUCAUCAUCUACCUUGUGAACCCAGAUGGUGAGUUUGUGGACUAUUAUGGGCAGAACCGAAACGCCAAGGAGAUCCAUGACUCAAUGCUUGUCAACAUCCAGAAAUACCAAGCAGCGACGAAAAGUUCCUGGUUUUAAACCAAACUUUGUGCAUUUUAGUGAUAGACUUUUUAGUUUGAAUAUUUUCUUUUUAAGUAAACUAUAAAAUAAAUAGUUUUGUUACAG